CACGUUGCUGGUUGUCGUUGCAUCAGACGGCAGAGAGGUGGAGAGCAUGUGUCGGUGCUGUGAAUGCUAAGUUUAAGCUGACGUCUCUUUCUGUUUCAUUCAAAGGGAUGGCCUCUCUCUAUGUGUCUCCUCACCCUGAUGACUUCAGAAGCCUAUUUGCUCUGAUAGCUGCGGAGUUUUGUCCGUCAUCUCGCCCAAAGACCAUCACAGAGGACCCUCCCACCUCCUUAAAUGCCCGCACCAGACCGAUCCUGGUUCUGGGCUCUGGCGAAGGUGAAACCGUCCUCAGUGGGGCCAGUGCUGUUGCCUGGUACCUGGCUUUUCAAGGGAAGAGGGCUGGUGUCGAUACGAAGCAGCAGAGCCAGGUGUGGCAGUGGCUUAGCUUUGCAGACAAUGAACUGACCCCUGUGUCCUGCGCUGUGGUCUUCCCACUGAUGGGGAUGACGGGGGUGGACAAGAAGCUCCAGCAGAGUUCCCGUGCAGAGCUGAUGCGUGUUUUAAAGGUUCUCAAUCAGGCACUGGAACCCAGAACCUUCCUUGUAGGAGAAGGCAUCACUCUGGCUGAUAUGGCUGUAGCGGCAGCUCUUCUUCUACCUUUUAAAUAUGUGUUAGAGCCACCAGACAGGCAGGACCUGACCAAUGUCACCAGGUGGUUCUCAACCUGCAUAAAUCAGCCACAGUUUCUGAAGGUUCUGGGGAAGAUAACUCUCUGUGAGAAGAUGGUGCCGGUUACACCGAAGAUAAAUGCAGAAAAUGUCAAAGCUGCUAGUGAUACUGCUGGCAACAGCACCAAUGGUCCACCAAAGACAGAAGCCCAGCUGAAGAAGGAGGCUAAAAAGAGAGAGAAGAUGGAAAAGUUCCAACAGAAGAAAGAAAUGGAGGCAAAGAAAAAGACGCAAGCACCAUCAGAGAAAAAAGCAAAGCCCGAGAAAAAGGAGCUGGGAGUGAUUACAUACAACAUCCCUACUCCUCAAGGAGAAAAAAAAGAUGUUAUCAGUCCACUUCCUGACUCCUACAGUCCCCAGUAUGUGGAGGCUGCUUGGUAUCCAUGGUGGGAGAAGCAGGGAUUCUUCAAGCCUGAGUAUGGGAGGAAGAGUCUCAGCGAACCCAACCCUCGUGGCAUCUUCAUGAUGUGUAUUCCUCCUCCUAAUGUGACUGGAUCUCUUCAUCUUGGUCAUGCUCUCACGAAUGCUAUUCAGGACUCUCUGACUAGAUGGCACAGGAUGCAGGGUGAGACCACCCUGUGGAACCCGGGCUGUGACCAUGCUGGCAUCGCCACCCAGGUGGUGGUGGAAAAGAAGCUGAUGAGAGAGAGGGGUAUGAGCCGUCAUGACCUGGGCAGGGAAAACUUCAUCCAGGAAGUCUGGAAGUGGAAGAACGAGAAAGGAGACAGAAUCUACCACCAACUGAAGAAGCUGGGCUCCUCAUUAGACUGGGAAAGAGCCUGCUUCACUAUGGACCCUAAACUUUCCUAUGCGGUUCAAGAGGCAUUCAUCCGUAUGCAUGAAGAAGGGGUGAUCUACAGGAGCAAGAGGUUGGUCAACUGGUCCUGCACGCUGAACUCCGCCAUCUCCGACAUAGAGGUGGAUAAGAAGGAGCUCACCGGCAGAACUCUGCUGCCUGUACCUGGUUACAAGGAGAAGGUGGAGUUUGGAGUACUAGUGUCUUUCGCCUACCAGGUAGAUGGAUCAGAUGAGGAGGUGGUUGUAGCUACAACUCGUAUCGAGACAAUGCUGGGAGACACGGCUGUGGCCGUCCACCCCGAUGACUCCAGAUAUCAGCAUCUGAAGGGAAAGAUGGUGUUGCAUCCUUUCUGUGACCGCAAGAUGCCGAUUGUGUUCAAUGACUUUGUGGACAUGAGCUUUGGAACAGGCGCUGUCAAAAUCACCCCAGCUCAUGACCAUAAUGACUACGAGGUUGGAGUGAGACACAAUCUGGCCUUCAUCAACAUCCUGGAUGAAAAUGGCCUGCUCAUUAACGUACCUCCUCCCUUCCUGGGCAUGAAGCGUUUUGAGGCCAGGAAAGUAGUGCUUCAGGCUCUCAAGGACAGAGGGCAAUUUAAAGAAAUCAAAGACAACCCCAUGGUUGUCCCAGUUUGCAGUCGAUCCAAAGACAUUGUGGAGCCCUUGCUGAAGCCACAGUGGUAUGUGAACUGCACCGACAUGGGAAAGCAGGCCGCAGAUGCAGUCAGAGAAGGACGCCUUAAAAUUAUCCCUGAUCACCACCUUAAGACCUGGUUCAACUGGAUGGACAACAUCAGGGACUGGUGCAUCUCUCGGCAGCUGUGGUGGGGUCACCGCAUUCCUGCUUACUUCAUCACUGUCAAUGAUCCCUCUGUGAAACCAGGAGAGGACAUGGACGGUCAUUAUUGGGUCAGUGGGAGAUCAGAGGAGGAGGCCAGAGAGAAAGCAGCUAAACGCUUCAACGUAUCCACUGACAAAAUUACCCUCAGACAGGAUGAGGAUGUCCUAGACACUUGGUUCUCGUCUGGUAUUUUUCCUUUCUCCAUCUUUGGCUGGCCGAAUGAGACAGAGGACCUCAAUGUGUUCUACCCUGGCACUCUGCUGGAGACGGGCCAUGACAUCUUGUUCUUCUGGGUUGCUCGGAUGGUGAUGAUGGGCCUCAAACUGACCGGCAAGCUGCCAUUCAAAGAGGUUUAUCUGCAUGCGGUUGUGAGGGACGCCCACGGAAGGAAGAUGAGCAAGUCACUUGGCAACGUCAUUGACCCCCUGGAUGUCAUUACAGGGAUCUCCCUAGAGGGUCUUCAUGCCCAGUUGUCAGACAGUAACUUGGAUCCAGUGGAGGUGGAGAAGGCAAAGCAGGGCCAGAAGUCAGACUACCCAAAUGGCAUCCCAGAGUGUGGAACAGACGCUCUCCGCUUUGCCCUGUGUGCUUACACUAGCCAAGGCAGGGAUAUCAACCUGGAUGUCAACCGCAUCCUUGGUUACCGACACUUCUGCAACAAACUGUGGAACGCUGUGAAGUUUGCCAUGAAGACGCUGGGAGACAACUUCGUACCAUCAGAGAAAGCCCAGUUGUGUGGAGAGGAGAGUGUGUCCGACAGAUGGAUUCUGUCCAGGCUGAGUGCCGCUGUCGGCCUCUGUGACGCUGGCUUUAAGGCAUACGACUUCCCAGCCAUCACAACCGCCAUCUACAACUUCUGGCUUUACGAGCUCUGUGAUGUUUACCUGGAAAGCGUGAAACCAGUGUUCAGUAAAGCAGAAGAUGACGCCUCAAGCCAAAAACAAGCGAUGGUGUGCAGACAAACCCUUUACACCUGUCUUCAGGUCGGCCUGCGCCUUCUGUCUCCUUUAAUGCCAUUCGUCACAGAGGAACUCUACCAGAGGUUACCAAGGCGACGACCCCAGCAUGAUCCCCCCAGCAUCUGUGUCACAUCCUACCCUGACACUCAAGAGUUCUGCUGGCACAGUGAGGAAGUGGACCGGGACAUGGACUUUAUAAUGACUGUGGUCAAGACAAUCCGGUCACUGAGAGCUGACUACAACCUGACCAAGACCAGGGCGGACUGCUACCUCCAGUGCAUAGACUCAACCACUGUGUCGCUGGUUCAUAAGUACAGUCUGCAGAUUCAGACCUUAUCUUACUCUCAGGCCGUCAUUCCUCUGACAGCCAACCAGCCCGUCCCAGAAGGCUGUGCCGUGGCUAUCGCGUCUGACAGAUGUACCGUCAACCUUAUGCUCAAGGGUCUCAUUGAUGUUGAGAAAGAAGUGGCUAAGCUGAUGACAAAGAAAGGUGACUUGGAGAAACAGAUGGAGAAACUGAAAGAGAAAAUAGCAAAGACCGACUACAAGGAGAAGGUGCCAGUGAAGGUGCAGGAGCAGGAUGCUGAGAAGCUACGACAGAGCCAGAUUGAACUGGAGAAAGUAAAAGAAGCCAUCGACAACUUCAGGAAGAUGAUGUAACUGUCCCUUAGCAUUAUGUAAAUCAGGAUUUAUUCCCAUUUUUCAUGUCAGUGUGCUAAUUUCAUAUUCAUUUUCCAAGUGAUUGUAGUAUCGAAGGAACUGAAUAAAGCUCUUAUGACAGACAA